AGUAAACUUGAAGCUAGUGGUGUAUGUCUUCAUCUCUGAUUCCUGACAGGGACAUGAAAGGGAAUUUGACUCUGUCUCCCUCUCUUUUGUCCUAGGGGCUUGGGGGUUUGAGAACGGGCAUUCCAGAGCUCUCCCUGUUUUGGGAGCUCCAGUUUGGAGGGUGUUCCCGUCUCAACUCCUCAGUGCCCUGUUGCACACCUCAGUUCAGCAGGUUGUCAGAUGCAUUCUCCACAGAAGGCAGCACGCAAACGGAGAAGUUGGGGCACAGAAUAAGGCCUCGGACCUCUCUUUCUCCAGGAUUCUCAAAAUCAGUUUCUUCUGGAGUUGGGUGCACCUCUGUUCUCAGUCCUCUCAGGAGACUUCAGGGUGAGUGCAAGAGGAGGAGUGGCUGGGACUGAGUCAUGGCAGGAAGCUGAGGAGGGCGGGAGCUGUCUCUCGUAGCCUAUAAAGAGGAGAAGGAACCGGCCCUGAAGUUCACAAUAGCAGUAACAGCAACUGGACAGGCAGGCUCCCAUCUGCCUGGCCCUUCAAUCAGAUCUGCCUGAGAGGACGCACUGGUGGCCGCCCACCUGUACCUGCCCCAGGAUGGGGACCAUGUCCGGAGCAGCCUUGGUCUUGGCCUGUUUAACUGUUGCUUCUGUGGCCUCUGAUAGAGGUUUCAAGGCUCCGGGGCAGAGAGAGCUGGGGCCACAGCCCCUGACCCACCCCCUUCAAGAAGUGGGCUAUGCUGCACCCCCUUCCCCACCUCUGAGCAGAGCCCUCCCCCAGGGUCACCCUCGCACCUCCCAGCAUAGCCUGCACUUUGAGGGACAGAGUGAAGUGCAGGCCUCUCCCUCACAGGACGCCAUCCCCCUCCAAGAGGAGCUGCCCGCUCCCCAGCUCCCUGUGGAAAAGAAAGGGGGUCCCCCUCUCCCUCAAGAAGCCAUCCCCCUCCAAGAGAAGCUGCCCGCUCCCCAGCUCCCUGUGGAAAAGAAAGGGGGUCCCCCUCUCCCUCAAGAAGCCAUCCCCCUCCAAGAGGAGCUGCCCCCUCCCCAGGUUCCCAUUGAACAGAAGGAAGUCAGUCAUUCUGAAGGUAAGAGCCACAAAUUCAUUUCUUCUCUUUUUCUUCUGUAUCCUCCCAACCCUUUCUCCUCAACUGCAAGUUCUCUCAAUCCUCCCAAUUUAAUCCAGCCUUUCACUGUCCCUCUACAUAUUCCCCCUUCCCACUCUGUUUUCCCCAUUCUAGAAAAGCCAGCUCCCUCCAUGGACCACAGCCCCCCAGAACCCGAGUCCUGGAAUCCAGCCCAGCACUGCCAACAGGGCCGACCCCGACGUGGCUGGGGCCACCGACUGGAUGGCUUCCCCCCUGGGCGGCCUUCCCUGGACAAUCUGGACCAGAUCUGCCUUCCUAGUCGUCAGCAUGUGGUAUACGGCCCUUGGAACCUGCCACAGACUGGCUUUUCCCACCUCAGCCGUCAGGGUGAGACCCUCAAUUUGCUGGAGACUGGAUAUUCCCGCUGCUGCCGCUGUCGCAACCGCGCAAACCGCUUGGACUGUGCAGAACUCGUGUGGGAAGACGCAGUGACCCGGUUCUGUGAGGCCGAGUUUUCGGUCAAGACCCAACCCCAUGGGUGCUGCAAAAAGCAGGGGGAGGCUCGAUUAUCCUGCUUCCAGGAGGAAGCUCCCCGGCCACACUACCAGCUCCGGGCCUGCCCCAGCCACCAGCCUGGUAUUUCCUUGGGCCCCGAGCUGCCCUUUCCCCCUGGGCUACCCACAGUGGACAAUAUCAAGAACAUCUGCCACCUAAAACGCUUCCGCUCGGUGCCACGCAACCUCCCAGCCACGGACUCCAUCCAAAGGCAGCUGCAGGCCCUGACCCGGCUGGAGGCGGAGUUCCAGCGCUGCUGCCGGCAGGGGAACAACCACACCUGUACCUGGAAGGCCUGGGAGGAUACCCUCGAUGGGUACUGUGACUGGGAGCAGGCUAUAAAGACCCACCACCACUCGUGUUGCAACUACCCCCCUAGCCCCCUCCGCGAUGAGUGCUUCGCCCGUCGGGCUCCUUAUCCCAACUAUGACCGGGAUAUCUUGACCCUUGACCUCAGCCGAAUCACCCCCAACCUCAUGAAUCACCUCUGUGGAAACCGAAGAGUUCUCAGCAAGCACAAGCAGAUUCCUGGGCUGAUUCAGAAAGUGACUGCCCGUUGCUGUGACCUGCCAUUCCCAGAGCAGGCCUGCUGUGCUGAGGAGGAGAAAUCAGCCUUUAUUGAUGAGCUGUGUGGUUCCCGACGUAACUUCUGGCGAGACUCUGCCCUCUGCUGUAAACUGAGUCCUGGGGAUGAACAGAUCAACUGCUUCAACACAAAGUAUCUGAGGAAUGUGGCUCUAGUGACUGGGGACACUAGGGAUGCCAAGGGCCCCAGGGAGCAGGGCCCAACUCAGGGAACAAAUAGCAGCCCCACCUCUGAGCCCAAGGAAGAGUGAGUCACCCCAGAGCCUUGGAGGAUCAGAUUGGGGGAACCCCACCCCACCCCACCCCACCCAUAUGGAAUACGCAUUACAGUAAACACCUCUUGUAUUUGGCCUCA